CAAAGAUAUUGGAGAUUGACAAAUGACAAGCCCGCGGCCUCUUCAAGGGUAAAUCGCCUGGACUGCGAUCGCGCCCCAAAGGCUGAUUGAUACAUUGCGAUUAGUUCCACAACGUGUUUGCUACUGUUACUGGUUUUAACCGUGUACGAAACCUUACGGACUGCAAGUGUUGGUGUCAGCUUGUUUUCUACUGGGUCUUAGAGACGUCCCAUUAUAAACCUAGCUAGGAUGGUGUCGGGCCUUCCUCAAAUGGGACUUCUGAGUGGUAUGGAAGAUGAAAACGAACAAGCCCCUCGUGGAAAUAUUCUAAAACUCUGGGGGAAUCCACAGACAAUGAACUUGAACACAAUGAUCUACACGAACAUUGUCCAGUCCCCAUACUUCAAAGCUAAUUUAGUUGAACUGAAAACUUACCAUGAAGUUAUUGAUGAAAUAUAUUACAAGGUUGAACAUCUGGAACCAUGGGAACGUGGGAGUAGACGUAUAGGGGGUCAAACAGGUAUGUGUGGUGGAGUACGUGGAGUGGGUGCCGGUGGUAUCGUGUCAACGGCUUAUUGCCUUUUGUAUAAACUUUUCACUUUAAAGCUUACAAGAAAACAACUCAAAGGUCUCCUUGAUCACCCAGAUUCUCCGUACAUACGUGCACUAGGCUUCAUGUACAUAAGAUAUUGCAUUCCCCCUGAAGACUUUUGGUGGUGGUAUUCACCAUAUUGGAGUGAUCCUGAGGAAAUAGAUGUGAAGGCAGGAGGUGGUUGCAUUAUGACUAUAGGCAAUAUGUUAGAACACUGGUUAACUAAACUCGAUUGGUUCUCUACCUUGUUCCCACGUAUCCCUGUCCCGGUUCAAAAGAAACUGGAGGAAAAAAUGCGACUUCGCAAAUGCCAGGCACUUUUAGAGGUUGGUUCUGCUCACGAAAGAGACAGUAAAAGGCUCUCAGAUCGGGAUCGCGAUGGUUCACAUAAGUCAGGUGGACAUUCACACAGACACGAAAAACACAGGUCUGAUCGUGAGAAACGCAGACAUCAUUCUCGACGGUCUAGAUCUAGAUCACGUGAACGUCGCCGUUCUAAAACCCCGACUGAACGUGAAAGUUCAUUUGAGCGAGAUUUAAAACGUGCACGAGAGCGACAAGAACGUGAUCGACGUAGAAGCCGAAGUUAGAUUAACUGAUUCUUAAUUAUGUGUAUCUAAUGUUAUUUGUAUUUACUGACUGAUAAAACCUAUUGCUUUUGUUUUACAUUGUGUUUACAUUGACUAAAAACAAUAAAAUCUGUAUUAUAAUUUUUUA